UACAGCAUGGCGCAAACAGAGAAGAAAGGUGGGCUGCUCCGGAAAUCUUCAGCCUCCAAGAAGCCUUUGAAGGAGAAAGUUGUGCUGAUGUAUGAUGAGAUUUUCACGACAGAGGACCCCAGUAAAUGCAACCCUAGGUUUUGGGAGGAGCUGUUUCUCAUGAAGGUUAACUUGGAAUAUCUGGAAGGCAAGCUGGAGGCUCUGGAUGGGGAGGAGUUAAUGAAGAUAAAAGAUAACAUCAACUGCUUGUUUCAGCACUGCAUCCAGGCACUGGGUGAGGAGCACCCAAUCAGAGUGGUCAAUGCAUUACAGACUUUGUGUGCAUUGAUUCGGGGUGUCCAUCAGAAGAACAAAUCCACUUCUGGGUUCGACAUCAUCAACAUGCUUGUGGGUUUUGAUAAGGCAGAACUAUGUAUGAAGAAUCUGAUGGAAAGCUUGGACUCGCUCCUCUGUGCCGAAGGUUCUGAAAGCCUCAAAAGCUUGUGUCUGAAGCUACUUCUCUGCUUGGUGACGGUGACAGAUAACAUUAGCCAGAACACCAUCCUGGAGUAUGUGAUGAUUAACAGCAUAUUUGAAGCUAUUUUACAGAUCCUGUCCAGCCCACUUAGUCGCAGGGAACACGGCUAUGAUGCUGUUGUCCUUCUCGCCUUGCUGGUCAACUACAGAAAAUAUGAGUCAGUGAAUCCCUACAUCGUGAAGCUCUCCAUCGUAGAUGAUGAGGCCACACUCAAUGGAAUGGGACUUGUAAUUGCCCAGGCUUUAUCAGAAUACAACAGGCAAUACAAAGAUAAGGAAGAGGAGCACCAGAGUGGGUUCUUCUCAGCCCUAACUAAUAUGGUGGGCAGCAUGUUCAUAGCAGAUGCUGAUGAGAAGAUCUCAGUCCAAACGAAUGAAGCAAUCCUUCUGGCCCUCUAUGAAGCUGUUCACUUAAACCGAAAUUUCAUCACAGUUCUGGCACAAAGCCAUCCUGAAAUGGGACUGAUGACAACACCAACAAGCCCAAGUCCAAUGACACCUGUCACUCCACUUGGAACCACCCCACCUUCUUCAGAUGUUAUAAGCUCUGCAGAGCUGCCUUUGGAUGCUGAUGUGCAAACUAGCAACCUGCUGAUAACCUUCUUGAAGUACAGCUCGAUUGUGAUGCAGGACACAAAAGAUGAGCACCGGCUGCACAGUGGCAAGCUCUGUCUGAUUAUUCUGACAUGCAUAGCAGAGGAUCAGUAUGCUAAUGCUUUUCUCCAUGAUGACAACAUGAAUUUUCGAGUAAACCUACACAGGAUGCCAAUGAGACAUAGGAAGAAAGCAGCAGACAAGAACCUGCCCUGUCGCCCCCUGGUGUGUGCGGUGCUUGAUUUGAUGGUGGAGUUCAUUGUAACACACAUGAUGAAAGAAUUUCCUAUGGAUCUCUAUGUACGGUGCAUUCAGAUUGUGCACAAGCUGCUGUGCUACCAGAAGAAAUGCAGAGUGAGGCUUCAUUACACCUGGAGGGAGCUCUGGUCAGCUUUGAUCAACUUGUUGAAGUUCCUCAUGUCUAAUGAGACUGUGUUACUGGCCAAGCACAACAUCUUCACCCUUGCUCUUAUGGUUGUGAACCUGUUCAACAUGUUCAUCACUUAUGGAGACACCUUUCUCCCCACUCCCAGCAGCUAUGAUGAGCUGUAUUAUGAAAUCAUUCGGAUGCAUCAGAAUUUUGACAACCUUUAUUCUAUGGUUCUAAGGCUGUCUACCAAUGCUGGUCAAUGGAAAGAGCCUGCAAGCAAGGUGACCCAUGCAUUAGUCAAUAUUAGAGCCAUCAUCAAUCACUUCAACCCGAAGAUAGAGUCUUACGCUGCAGUGAAUCACAUAUCGCAGCUCUCCGAGGAUCAGGUUUUGGAAGUGGUAAGGUCCAACUACGACACGCUGACCCUGAAACUGCAGGACGGACUGGACCAGUAUGAGCGCUACUCAGAGCAGCAUAAAGAGGCUGCCUUCUUCAAAGAGCUGGUUCGGUCCAUCAGCAUCAACGUGAGGAAGAACCUUGCUUUCAACACGCUGAGCCAGGAACUGCUGCUGAAGGAAUUCUCUACGAUCUCUUGAAGCGGGGACCCAGCCGCUGCGCAGGGCUGACCAGAGACGGGCCUGUCUGGGCGGGGGCACUGCAGAUCUGCAGCCGGUCGUUCCUUGCCUUCUGCCUGCAGAAGGGACUGCGUUUCUUUUAGGGGAGAGCCUUGCUGCUGUGUGUUUGAUCCCAAAGGCAUGUGUUUCAACAGGACUGGGGCCUGAGCCGAGGUGAUCGGCCUGUUGAGGAGGAGGAGGAAGCAAUUUUGUAAGGUGCCGUGGGGGUGGGCAGCCAUUCCUGUGACGUAGCAAUGGGAGAUUCCCCGCGCAGCCUCAGGGAAGAUGCACUGGAAACCUUUGUAGCAGAGCUGGGGAGAGCUCACAACCAAAACAGUCCAGCUGUGUAAG